UUUUUGGCAACCUUUCACUCCGUCUAAGCCUUCAUGUUAGCGUAGAAGAAGACCGAAAAUGAAAACAAUCUACGGAGUACUUUUCAUUUCCUCCUGCUUACUGGGUCAAAGUGCAGGGGCAAUCAACUUGAAGCAAGCUCGACAAAAUCAUGCAGGCACACCCAUGACUGAUGAACAAAUCAAAAAAAUUUCCGACAUGGAAAACAACGCCAAUUUCAAGGCACUGCUGGAUCCAAUCAUGGUUCCCAGAGUUGUCGGCACCGAAAACCACGAAAAAGUUAAAAAGUACCUAAUGGACACGAUGCAAAAUCUGGGCUGGCAAGUGGAGGAAGACGCCUUCAGCGCCAACACGCCGAUUGGACGUCUCAAGUUCGGCAACGUCGUGGCCCGCUUGAACCCUCAGGCCGACCGAUUCUUGACCCUAGCCUGUCACUACGAUUCCAAAUACACUAGAGAGGGCAGUUUCAUCGGAGCGACCGAUUCCGCCGUUCCGUGUGCGAUGAUGCUGCAUUUGGCGGCUGCCCUCGACCAGUACUUGAAGAAAAACGCUGCGGCGCAGGUGGAACGUUCUUUGAAAUUAAGGGGGAAAAGGGCAAGUAGAAAAAAGAAACUGCUCGGAGUUAAAAAGAGUGAUGUUAGUCUUAAAUUUAUUUUCUUCGACGGAGAAGAGGCGUUCAACGUCUGGGGACCAACCGACUCCAUCUACGGCGCCAAGAACCUGGCCAGGAAAUUGCAGAGAACAGCUUACCCACCAAACAACCGUGAAGGAACAACGCAUUUGGACCGAAUGGACAUGUUGCUGCUGCUCGAUCUGAUUGGGGUGGAGUUUCCAAGCUUCUACAACUACUUUAAAGACACCGACCGCUGGUACAAGCGGCUUGUCAACGCUGAGGACAAACUGGCUAACAUGAGACUGCUCGACCAGUACAGAUACGGCUUUGACGGCUAUCCCAAGCACCGCUACUUCAACUCCCAGUCCGUUUACGCUGGCAUUGAAGACGAUCAUAUUCCCUUUUUGAAGAGAGGUGUUCCUAUUCUGCACCUGAUACCGUCUCCUUUCCCUUCGGUGUGGCACAAGAAUGGAGACAACUAUUCUGCUCUCGACUUUGACACCAUUGCGAAUUUGAACAAGAUUUUGAGAAUUUUUGUAGCGGAGUACCUCUCUCUCGCUGUAUGAGUUUGAGGAAUUUAGCCUCAGAUAUUGUGAUUUUGGUUUGUAAAUAAAAAAUAUUGAUAUUUAGCAUUCCAAAAA